CGUCCACGCCGGAGUGUGGGGGGAGGCUGCUGCGGGUCCUGCUGCUGCGGAUGCUGCUGCUGCUGCUGUUUCUGCUGCUGAUAUUCUCGAGAUCGCAGCAGCACAAAUGAGGGAUUCCGAGGGGACUGUUAGAGAGGCUGCCAUUUACCUUUUCGGAGCGGUGAUGCGCUGCUGUGGGCGCUGCCCAGCAGCAGCAACAAAGGCAGCAGCAGCAGCAGCAGCAGCAGCAGGGUGGAGCGUUGGAUUCAUUGCUGAUGGCGCUUGA